GACAGGGAAAAGUCUACCAAAUCUGUUCAAUUUGAUAACACAAGUUGACGUAACUUUCCUUCUUAGCUUAUUUUGUAACAAUCACACAUUUAACGACUUCAGCACAUUUAGGUAUUUUUCUUUUUUAACUUGACCUUCGCAUUUAGGUUUCCAUAAAUGAAAAUAUGUUUUGUAGAAGUUAGUUUUCUAAGCCACACUCCAUGAUCGUGCGUUCUUAAUUCCCUUGUUUUUGUCUUACAGCUCCCACAGGGCAAGACACAGACAACGACUCAAAACAAAGAUUCAAACGAGUUAUUCCAGGUCCUAUUUCUUCUAAUGACUCGUACCACAUAAGACAAGUACUCGAAGAUAUGUUUACCACCAGUUUAAAGAUUUGCCAAAAACGUGGAAACUUCAACGUCUGCCCACGUGGACGGCCGGGACCUCCGGGGAGAGUUGGAACCAAGGGCAACAAAGGCAACGAAGGGAGGAGGGGUAGGAAAGGUUCCCAAGGAAUUAUGGGACCGCCUGGUAAGAGCGGAAAACAAGGGAUUAUGGGACCACCGGGGAUUAGAGGAGAAAAAGGAAUUAAAGGAGAUAUCGGGCCACCGGGUAUCCCAGGGAUUAAAGGUGAACCCGGAGAAUCGAUUUCUGUGCCAAAAGUGACGAUAACUCCGGCUUUGCAACUGACUGUCAACGAAAGCAACGCUGCCGUUUUCUUUUGCUCGGCUUCUGGGAAUCCGACAGCGAAUGUAACUUGGACCAAGGUGAAUGGAUCGUUAACUAGCGACAGGACCAAAGUGACGUCAGAUGGUUUGCUGCAGAUAAAAGAUGUUCGGCUAGAGGAUUCUGGGAAAUACAUAUGCGUGGCGAGAAAUCUUCUGGGGAUUGAUGAAAAAGUUGCAACUCUCAUCAUACAGAGUAGGUUACAAAUUUCAUCACUUUAUCUCCUUCCUAACCAUAACUUUCUUGAAAGAAAAUAUGCUAGAAACAUACAAAACGAAACGUUUCCUGACGCAGAUAGUGUGUAGGUUAAAGAAAUACUAAUGCCUCGUUUAGAACCGCUUUUUUUGUCUUCAAAGAGGCUGACCAGCUUCCUGAUGUCUGCUUCGCCGUACCCAAGAGAAAACAUGUUAGAAAUGAGCCCAGAAUGUCCCAUCUAUGUAUGAUGAAUUUUUUUCAGUAUGGAAUCUCGCAAAUGUUUA